AUGACUCUGUUGUUCAUCUUGGGCUUUGCCGCCGCGGCCAUCGUGCUGCAGGCCAUCCGUAUGGUGGUCAACAGAUGGCAGCAUGCGCGGAAUGCUAAAAAGCUCGGCUGUGGAAGUGUACCAAUGUACCCUUGCAAAGAUCCUCUGGGAAUCGACAACCUCAAACAGUCCCUGGCUGCAGACAAGGCGAAAGCCAUCCCGGAUCUGGCUGAGAAGCGAAUGGAAGUUAUCAGCAAGCAAGAGGGUCGCUACGUUACUACAUAUGCUAUUCAGAACCUCGGUCGCACUCACCUCCUCACUGUCGAUCCUAAGAAUAUUCAGGCUCUCCUGGCUACUCAGUUCAAGGACUUCGAGCUUGGUCCUAAUCGACGGGCUAGUUUGCACCCUCUGUUGGGCACAGGAAUCUUCACCGCUGAUGGCGAAGAAUGGUCCCGGUCUCGUGGUUUACUCCGGCCUCAGUUCACUCGCGAGCAAAUCAGUCAAUUGGAAUUAGAGGAAGAGCAUGUGCAAAAGGCUAUGCAGGCUCUGCCCGUCGCAGCCAACGGAUGGACCGCCGCAACCGACAUCCAGACCAUCUUCUUCCGCUUGACCAUCGACUCCGCUACUGAAUUCCUCUUCGGCGAGAGUGUCGAGAGCCAACUCGGCGCCAUCAACGGCCUUCAGAGACCCGAAGAUUCCUUCGCCGCCUACUUUGACAAGGCCCAGUGGGUCUGCGCCCAGCGCGGCCGUUUCGAAAAACUCGGCUUCUUAGCCGAGAACAAGGAAACCCGAUUCAACGACAACCAAGUGCAUGCCUUUGUCGACAAGGUCGUCUCCACUGCCCUGGCAGCCUCGCAAUCCGAAAAGAAGACCACCGACGAAAAACACCCCUACGUCUUCCUCGAGGCCCUCCUCGAGGUAACCCGCGACCCAGUCGAGCUCCGCUCCCAACUCCUCAACAUCCUCCUCGCCGGCCGCGACACAACCGCCUCCCUCCUCAGCUGGACAACCCUCAUGCUGGCCCGCAACCCGGAGAUCUUCGCCAAACUCCGCGAAACCGUUAUCUCCACCUUCGGCACCUACUCCAACCCACAGAACAUCACCUUCGCCACCCUCAAAUCCUGCCAGUACCUGCAGUACGUGAUGAACGAAGUCCUGCGUCUGUACCCCGUCGUCCCUUUCAACCGUCGUAGCGCAACCCGUGACACGACCCUCCCGCGCGGCGGCGGUCCGGACGGCCAGGACCCCGUGUAUGUCCGCAAGGGCCAGUCUGUCAUGUACACGACGCAUGUUAUGCACCGUCGCAAGGAUCUCUGGGGUCCGGAUGCGGACCAGUUCAGGCCUGAUCGGUGGGCGAAUCGGAAGGCUGGAUGGGAGUAUAUUCCUUUCAAUGGCGGGCCGAGAAUCUGUAUUGGUCAGCAGUUUGCGCUUACCGAGGCUGGUUAUGUGAUUGUUCGGCUUUUGCAGCGCUUUGAUCAGAUUGAGGAUGUUAAUCCCGAUCAGAAGAUUCGCUAUGGUGUUACUUUGACCAGUGCGCCUGCUGAUUUGGUUACGGUGCGCUUGCACCAGGCUGAGGAGGCUUGA